CGCCCUCGAAGCCCAAGAUGCCGCACGCCGUCGCCUGGGCCUGGCUGGCUGCCGCCGCUACGCUCGCCCUGGCACGACAGGGACCGGACAGCGAGAACGCGACGCUGGCCGAGGACAGUGCCCGCGGGCGGGUGAAGCGGGCGGGGGUACCCGAGGCGGGGCUCGCAGAUGACGGCCGCAGCCGGCGCCAGGAGCCGCUCUACGUGGAAGAGCCCGCCUGGGUGCUGCUGGAUCGGCGCGAGACGCUGGGGCCGGCGCGGCAGGCGGUGGCGGCGGCGGUGGCGGCGCCAGCGGGUGUGGGCGACGCCUUCUGGGUGGCGCGCGGCCGCCGCCGCGAGAUGUCCGCCUCUUCCGCCUCCGCCGAGGGGCCCUUCUGGGCGGCGAGGGGCCGCCGCGAGAUGGAGUUCUUCUGGCCCGCCAGGGGAAAGCGCGACCAAGAAGAGGUAAUGGUUGGAGGGUCGGGCGAGGAGGAAGACGCCGGCCUGGCGGGCGAGUGGGAGCCGAACCGCGACCGGCGCGCAGGUCUGCGCAGCUACCUGGCUUCGAUGUCCGGCGGGCAGUCCUUCGUGCCCGCCAGGGGCAAGCGCGCCAGCCCGCACGCCGGAGUGAGUAAGCGUGAAACAGGUGAGGUGGAGCUGGCGAGCCGCCGAGCGUCGCUGGGCUCCGAGUCUGUGGAGGGGCCGUUCUGGGCGCCGAGGGGCCGGCGCGGGCAGGCGGCGCGGCUGCUGCGGCUCCGGCUGGCCUCCGCGCCCGCCGGCUCGGCGUUCUGGCCGGCUCGGGGGCGGCGCGCCGGACCCUCCUCCGCCUCCUCCUCCGCAGAGGGGCCCUUCUGGGCAACGCGCGGCCGCAGCCUCGCCGCGCAGCACUCCUUCUGGCCCGCCAGGGGCCGCAGGGGCGAUCCCACAAACGAUCGUGGAGAUGCAGCGGAGACAGAAGGGGAAGACUCAGACAACGCGGAAGACAGGAGCUUCUGGGAGAAGCUGCACGAGAAGGACCAUGCGAGAACCCACCAAUAGGCAGUCGUCGGCAGGAACAACCCAUAUCAUUAUCAGCAAAGGCCUUAGACGUUUUAUGAACAAAUAAAGAAUGAA